AUGGGAGACAGCUUGGAUUGCAGCAUGCAGUGUGGCAUUGCUGCUGGGAGCAGCAGCAGCAUUGGUGGCAGUGGUGACGGUGGUGGAAGUGACUCCCACCAUUGCAGCAUUCCAGUGAAUUCCCUGCAAGAAUCCCCGAGCCUCCCCUCCGGUUCUCCUGUCCUGUCGGCCACCCUUUCUGUCCACUCAGCCCCCCUCGCGCCUUCGCCCUUUGCACGCCUUGCCCGGGAUGCAGUCAGGCAUGCUCUGGUGCAGGGGCGGCGUUAUGUGGAGGAGAAUGGCGGGAAAGGGUACCUGGGGGAGGUGGUAACUGGGGAGGCAGUAGCUGGGCUGGUCGCGGUGGGGGGAGAAUUGGGUGGAAGAGUGGAGGAUAGGCAAGUGGGGGAGGUGAGGGGCAGGUGGAGGAUCAGGGGGGGUUGGACUGGGAAGGAAGGAGGGGCGAGUGGGAGUGAGGUGGAGAGGUGUGUGGAGCGGUGUGGAGGAGACGAUGUGGGGAAGAGGAGUCAGGUUCUGUGGCGAGAGGAUUCACGGGGUGGUGGUGAUGGCAGGGGGGAUUAUGGGAGUGGUGGUUGUGGGGUGGGAUGGGGAGAGAGGUGUUGGGAUGAGACGCAGAGAGCGGGAGGGGGUGAUGAUGGGGAAGUGGGUGUGGGGGGAUGUGCGGGGGGGGAUGGGGAGGGGGCGGAUAGACCCGAGUGUGAAGUCGAGGGGAGGGUGGGGGGAAGAGAAGGGGAGGGAGAGGAAGGAGGGGAGGGGGAGGAAGAAGGAGAGGGAGAAGAAGGGGACGAAGAGGGCGGCACAGGUGCGGAGCAGGAAAUGGAAGAAGAGAGGGGAGAGAACGAGGGGGGGGGAGAAGAGGAACAGGAGUAUGAUGGGGAGAGGGGGUGGGACGGGGAGGAGGAGGUGGAGCAGGAGCAGGAGCAGGAGGAGGAGGAUGAGGAGGAAGAAGAGGAUAAGGAGGAGGAGGAGGAUGAGGAGGAAGAAGAGGAUGCGGAGCAGGAGGAUCCAUUGGGAUUGAGAUUGUUGGAGGAGGAAGGGGGAGGCGAGGAGGGGGUUUUGAUCAGCAGUUGGAGCUGGGAGGUGCAGGCCACGCCAGAGAGAUGGUGCCACAUGCGGCAUGGGCAUGGGCAUGGGCAUGGGCAUGGGCAUGGGCAUGGGCAUGGGCAUGGGCAUGGGCAUGCGCAUGGGCAUGGGCAUGGGCAUGGGCAUAAAGGGAGGGCAAGAUCUAGGGUUGGAAGGAGGAGGAAAGUAAGGUGUGGUGGCGAGAUUGGGCCAGUGGAAGGGGCUGUGUGGGGGGAGGGCGAUGUGGUGAUGAUGGAAAGUGGGGGAGGUGAGGGGCGCGAGAGGGGCGAGGAGAGAGAGUGGAGGGAGGGGGGAGAGGGGGAAGAGAGGCGAGAAGAACAGGGGAGGCUUGAACAGCCGCAAGGAAAGCAGCAUGUGGAGGAGCAGGGGGCGAAGGAGAGGCAGGAGGAGGAUGAGAAGCACGGCCGGCAGCAGCGAGAGCAGCAGCGGUGGGGGAAGCAGCGUGGGAGGAGUGGUGUGAGGUGUGUAGUAAAGGAGGAAAGACUCCUGCUCUGCACGGACCAAGGGACUCUUCACGUGCUCUCCCUUCAGCACCACUCCCCCUCUUUCGCCGCCUCCUCCUCCUCUUCCUCCCCCGCCCUGUCUUCCGCCUCUGCCUCCUUUCGUUCUACCACCUCCGCGCUCACCCCCGCACUCACACCAACCUCCCCCCUCUCCGCCUCCCCCGGUAGCCCCCGCCUCCCGUCCCCCGUUCCGCCCACCUCCCGCGCCUCCCCCCCGUCCCCCUGCUCCCCCAUGUCUCUUCAGUGCGCCCCUCCGCGCGAGCAGGAGGGGCAGGGGGAGGGAGAGAGGGCGGAGAGGGCGGGGGAGGCGGAGAAGGAGGGCGAAGAAGGAAGGAGGGAAGGCUGUGAGGGUGGGGAGGGAGGGAGGGGAGAGGGCAAGGAGGAGGGGACGGUGAGAGAAGAGGGGUGUUUACAGGUGUGGCUAUCACCUGUGCUUGCAAGUGGAGUGGCAUUGGGGGCUGUGGCAUGGGCAGGUCAGCACACGGUGGUUGCUGCUGCUGCUGCUGGGUCAGGGUGCGUGUUUCAGGUGGGAGGGGAGAUGAUAGAGGGCGAGUUGGAGGGGGAAAGGAGGGGUGGGGAGCAGAGGGAGGUGGGAGCAGGUGAUGUGGAUGAGAGGGAAGGGGGCUGUGGGGUGGGAGUGGAUCAGCAGGGAAUGGAAGCAGACAGGUGUACACAUGAGCCUACCGCCGCUGCUGCUGCUUCUGGUGGGGUUGAUGCUGCUGCAACGGGUGCAGGACUUGGGGAGGCGCAGCAACAGGGUCAGAGGGAAGGCAACAAGAGACAGCCGGGGAAGGACCAGUGGGUGUUAAUGGAAUGUGACAGAGACGCAUCACCCAGCAAGCGCAACACCAGCCACCCCUUCUCAGCUCCAACACCCCCUCCUCCGUCCCAUCACCCAACCCUCGCUCCCAACCCACUCCCCUCAUCCUCCCCGCUCCCAUCCCCGCCAAUCUCCCUCACCCUUCAUUCCCCCAUCCCCGGAAUCGCCCCUCUAAUAGACUUCACUUUAGCAGACCUGGGAGGGCAGCAGCAGGAUCAGGUAGUGGCAGCGUGCGGGGAGGGGGAGGGCGGGGCGGUGUGUGUGGUGCGGAACGGGGUGAGUGUGGAGCGGUUAUUGUCAACCGCUCCCGAGUACCAUGGGGUGACGGGCACGUGGACAGUGCGGGCGCGGGCAGGGGACGAGCACCACUCGCUCUUUGUCAUGUCGUUUGUCUCUCAGACGCGUGUGCUCGCUGUGGGCAGUCGCUUCAGAGACGUAUCAGACCAAGUCCCUAUGGAUCUCUGCUCUCCCACACUGGCAGCAGGCCGCAUCUUAGACGGGUUCCUCGUGCAGGUAACACCUGGCCAGGUGCGCCUGUGCCGCAUGCCCCAGGCUCUCAUGCGGGGGAGUGAAGGAGGGGAGGGUGGAGAGGAGGAUGGGGAGGUGGGCGCGGGUGAAGGGAUGGAGAUAGGGUUGGAUGGGGGGUGUGGGGGUGGCCCAGAUGAGGGCGAUGGGAGGAGAGAAGGCGGGGUGGCACAUGAUGGGCUGCUCUGGGUCCCACCCUCCACCUCCUCCACCACCACUGCUGGCAGCAGGAGCAGCAGCAGCGGCAGCAGCAGCAGGCAGCAGAUUGCAGUGGCAGCGGUGGCGAGCGGGGUGGUGCUAGUGGCGCUCACAUGCAAUCCGCCUGUGCUCGUCAUGCUCACAUGCUCGCUGCUGCCCCCGGCAACGCAGCAUUCCCCCAUGCGUGCGCCAGGUGGGGUUUCGGUGCAUGAAUGUCGUCCCCCGCAGGUGGGUCUGGUGGAGGUGUGUCGGUACUCACUGCAGUAUGAGCUGUCCUGUAUCCACAUUCCGGAUGAUACCUUCCCUCCGCUGCCACUCGCACUGGGGCAUGAACUAGGACAGGGACAGGGACAGGGGCAGGCACAGUCACAGGGAAAAGGAGAAUCAGGUUUCGGUGAACCUACAAGAGCAGCAGCAGGCACAGCAGCAGCAGUAGCAGCAUCAACAGCAGCAACACCAGGCGCAGCGGCAGCAGCAGGCGGGCCAUGUCUCGUGGGGCGUGUGGCCCUACUAGGCACAUACGAGCCAUCCGUGCGGGUCGUCUCCCUCGACCCCUCCCACCUCUUCCGUCUGAUAGCCCUCGCACCCCUGCGCGCCCUCCCCCUCCCCGCACUCGCUCGCAGCAACACCAGCAGCAGCAGCGGUGGCAGCAUGGGAGGGAGUGUGCCGGAGAGCACGUGCCUGUUGCUGUUCGACCAGGCGUAUGUGGCAGUGGGCCUGCGUAACGGCACCCUUGUCCGGUUCGCAUGGCCGCAAGGGAAGGAACCACAGGCGCUGCAGCUGCAGGCAUCGGCAGGGGCUGUCGCUCUCACUCCCUCACCCGCACCCGCUGCUUCAUCCACCAGCAACCCCCUCCCCCGCGCGGUCCAACUUGAGCUAGUAGCAGACCGGCAGCUGGGUCUCUCCCCCGUGGUGCUCGAGCCGCUGCAACCAUCCCUGCAGUGUGAUGUGGUGGCAAUGAGCGAGCGCCCCUGGCUGCUCGUGCACUCGUCGCACAGCAUGCGCCCACUCUGCGCCUCCAUCUCCUUCCCCGCGUGCACGCACGCUGCUCCGCUCUCCUGUGCGGGCUGCACCAGCGGGAUCAUAUUCGUCGCUGAUAGGUCACUGCAUAUUGUGGAGCUAGCCAGGGCCCGUCGGCUAGAUAUGCACCGAAUGCCCCUACACGCCACGCCGCACCGCCUCCUCCUCCACCCCUCCUCCCACACUCUCCUCGUCGCCUGCGCCGCCCCUCCGCCCCGCACUCACCCACCUCUCUCCUCGUUCCUCCAGCAACCGUCCCCGCCGCGCACCCCCCCGGCGGCCCCCUCCCGGCCUUCCCUCCGGUGUGUAGACCCAUCGUCUGGGUCGAUUCUUUCGAGCUUUGAGCUUCCUGUGUCGUCCCGUACGCGCUCGCUGGCUCUCUGGCAGCCGCAACGACCGAGAGUGCGAGGCAGGAAGGGUGGGGUUGCGGGGAAGGGUGUGGUACGAGCAGGGAAGGGGAAGGGGAAGGAGGAAAUGUUUCCAGAGCUGAAACGUACGGAUCGGCAGCAGGAACCCUCCCCUCUCGCUCCUCUCCCCCACGCCCACACGCCUUCUCGAAUGGCUCUUUCUCCCAUUCCGCCCCUGCAGCAGCACACAGAGCAUCAGGCAGGAGGCAGGGGAUAUGGCAAGGAGGGGGAGGAGGAUGAGGCGGAGGGUGUGAGGGAUGGAGAAAGGGAGGUGGGGAGGGAUGGAGGGAAGGGGAAAGGGAAAGCGGUGGCAGGUGCGGAGCAGCAGCAGCAGCAGGGGGGGAGGCAGAGGCGCAGGGAGCAUGGGAGCAGCAGCAGGCAUGAAUUUGUCAUGCUAGGAACAGAGGAGACUGAAGGCUCUGAUACCGGGGGCACGCUGUAUAUGCUGCGACUCCAGCCCUGCCCCGAACCUCUUUCCACCGCUCCUCCUGCCCGACCCUCUCGUCCGUCGCUCCCUCCCCUCCCUCCUCUCUCCACGCCUCUCUCCUCCUCACCACCGGUCACCUCAGCUGCAGCAGCAGGGCUAGGGGGGCCACGCGGGGGCAGUGGCAGCGGCAGGGGGGGGAGGUGGGGGGAAGAAGGGGGGGCGGGGGAGAGGCUUGGGGGGCUGAGUGGGGUGCUGGAGCGGAUGAGACGGGCAGUGGCUGCUGCUGAGCGGAGAGGAGGGGGAGAGAGCGGGGGGGCAAGGGGAGCAGGGGGAGCAGGAGGGGCGGUUGUAAGGGAGGCAGGGGGAGCAGAAAUAGGCGCUAGUACUGCAGGGGGAGGGAGGGGCGCAGGAGAGGUGCGGAGAGGGGGGGGAGAGGAGACGGGUGGAGUUGAGGAGGGUAGAGAGGGAAUGGCGGGGGGUGGUGCUGGUGGGAUUGGGAGGGAGAGAGGGAUGGGAGGAGAGGAGCCAGGGACGGGAUCUGGUGAGAGCCGAGGGGUGACAGGUGACCGGCAGGCGAAUGGCGGCAUGGGAUUGAUGGGAAGGAACAGUGGGGAGGAGGAGGAGGAGAUGGGGGAGGAGGUGGGGGAGGAGGUGGGGGAGGGGGCGGGGGAGGGGCGACUGGCUGUGGGAAGCAGCGGGGCUGAUGCUUCUCGCGGUGGUGCUGGCGAGGGGGAUAGAGAACAGGGAGCAGCAGCGGCAGCAGCAGGAGAAGUGGCAGGAGCGGCAGUGGGAGGGUGGGAGGUGGUACUGCUACGGAGUGUGCCGAUGCCCGGGCCAGUCUCUGCCAUCGUGCCGUUCCUGCACAAGUACCUGCUCGUUGCCGCGGGCAACAUGCUGUUGUGCUUCUCCUUCUCCCCCAAGGCAUAUCUGCGCCGAGUCGCCUCCAUCAGAACCCGCCAUGCCAUUCGCUCCCUCUCCGUUGCACCGCCCACACCCCCACAUGCCCCUCUCCCGCCUUCCUCCGGGCCCCUCCCCUCCUCCUCCUCUGCCACUCCUGCCGCCGCCACUGUUACUGGCACUGCCGCCGCUGCUGCUGCUGCUGCCGCUGCCGCUGUGCCUGCGCUGUCGGCCGCUCUGUCUGCUUCCGCCCCGCUCACUCACCGCGUUCUGGUGGCAGACUCACGGGAUGGUGUGCUGCUAUACGCGUUCCACGAGGGAGCAGCACGGUUCGAGCUGCUGCACUCAGACCCAUCGCAUCGCCUCACGUCCGCAUGCCUGCUGCUGUCCUCCCACCCCGCCGCUGCUCUUGCUUGCGACCGCCGAGGCUCCCUCUGCCUCCUCGCCUCGCCACCGCCACCCCCUCCUGCUGACCUUGGCCUGCAUGCAGGGUGCACGGGCAACAGUCCAGAGCGGAACCUGCAGGAGCGCGCGUGGUUCUACCUGGGGGAAGGCGUGCAGGGCGUGAAAAAGGGUUCCCUGGCCUACCGUACCCCCCUGGCAUCUACAGACCACCGCCUCCCAAAGCAGCACCUGCAGCAGCAGCGUCAACCGGGAGAUGCACUGGUGGAGGGGGAGGACGCAGGAGGGGCAGGAGAGGCGGGAGGGGGCAUGGGUGGUGGCAAAGGGAUGGGUGCAGGGAGAGGGAGGGAUGGCGGUGUGGGUGGUGGGGAUUCUUCCAUGGGCGCUUCGUCCCUUGUGGUCUCCACUUUGCUGGGAUCGGUUGUCACGUUGCUGCAACUGUCCAGAGCGGAUUAUGCACUGCUGGCGCUCAUAGAGCACCGUUUAGCAGAGCACCCACUCACAGCCCCCCUCCUUGGCAACAACCACGCUCACUUCCGCUCCAAAGGGGCUCCACCGCAUGUGGUGCGAGUGCUAGAUGGCGACAUGCUAUCGCAGUUCCUCCACCUCUCCCCGCGCCAGCAGCACCAUGUGCUCUCAGGCGCCUCCGCAGACGCCGCUGCCUCGUCCUCCCUCCUCGGCCCUGCCUACGCGGCUUCUCUUCCCCCUUCUGCUGCCAGCCUCGGCAGCAGCAGGAGGAGGAAAACCACCAGGAUGGCACGUGCUGCUGCUGCGGGCAGUGGCAGCAGCAGCAACGGGAGCGGGAGUGGGAGCGGUAGUGGGAGUGGGAGUGGUAGCGGGAGCAGUGGUGGGGAGGGCACAGGGGAAUGGCGGUCAUCUGCGCUGCUAGACUUGCUAGAAGGCCCUCGGGAGAGAGUGUGGGUGGGAGCUGGUGGAGGCUUGGAUGAGGCAACAGCCAGUGCCGCUGUUGCAGAUGAUGAUGCUACUGGUGGUGCUGGUUCUGAUGGAAGCGUUGCUGGGCUGAGUCAAGAAGCACUUACGGCUGUUCACUUGGGCAGUGCUGCUGGAAGGGCUUGGGCAGAUGGAGGUAGGCAGAGCAAUGUGGAUGGAGAGGAGGAGGCGCCCCAUGCACAUCGCUCCCUUGCCUUUGCAGGUGCUGAUGCUCACACUGACGUUGAUGUUGGCGCAGAUAUUGAUACGGAGGACAUGGAUCAAGGUGUGCAAAGCCCUCCAUUGGGGCAUGAGAGGGAGCCGGCAGGUUUGGUGGGUGGGGUGGGUGGGCCAUGGUCCCUGCAGGCUCUGCGAUCCUGCAUUGACCCCUUGGAAGAGGGUGACUCGCCUGUUCCCUUGCAGGCUAGUGUCGAAAUGGCAGCUACCAAGUCGUUCAUUAAGCAGUGGGUGAAGCCUGAUGUCUAUCCCCUCAUUGCCGCCAUGGGCGCAGGCCUGACCUUCAUGGUGUACAGUGGAAGCAGGGCCCUCUUCCAACCCGACGUCUUUGUGAACAAGGCGUCCAGGGUGGAUAACGGCGGAGAGAUGUGUUCAGAGAAAGAAGGCAAGGAGUAUAAGCAUUCACCGCUUCGGGAAUUUGUCAAGACGAAAUAUGACGUCGAGUCGACCAUCAGCCCGCACGUACCAGCGCAAAAGUGA